UCCACCAUGCAGACUAAAGGAAAAACUAGGAAAGCUCCAUGCUGACGUGUGGAAGACACCUUGUAGUUUCUCGCCACUCUACUGACUAACCAUAUUCUCUCUCUCUCUCUCUCUCUCGAUUAUCCUCUGUUUCUCUUGUCGAGAAUCAGGAUUCUUCUUGUUUGACAAUUGGAGGAGCGAUGUCCAAAUCCUUUUGGGGCAGUCAAGAGCAACAGUCUCAGCCACGCCCUCAGGAGGCCAGUGCACAGGCAUGGUAUCCUCCUUCUGUAGUUAGUUCUCCAAGUUCAACCCUUCCUUCUACACCUAGUAGUAGUUCUUCUGGUUUCAAUAUACGACCAUCAGAAUGGCCACACCCUCCAUCACAUGGACAACUUUCACCUGCUGAAGCUGCAUGCAUAAUUAAUUUGUUGAAGGACAAAAGUGUUGAUGAACUUCGAAAGCUUUUGUCUGACAAAGAUGCAUAUAAUCAGUUCCUGCUCUCACUUGAUCAAGUGAGAACACAGAAAAAAGUACGUGAUGAACUUCAGAAGGAGACUUUACAGCUUGCAAGGGAUAACUUGGAGAAAGAACCACAAAUUUCGGAGCUCAGGAACCAGUGCAGAAUUAUCCGGACAACAGAGCUGGCUGCUGCACAGGAGAAACUAAGUGACCUUGAAGGACAGGAGGAGGAAACACUGAAGUUCUUUUCUCCUGCUAGCUUGCUCCAAAAGCUUCAAGAAGCAAUGAGUAAGGCGGAAGCAGAAUCUGAAGUUCUCCGCAGGCAACUUCUGCAUGGGGAGAUCGGCCUUGGGGAUUUUAUAAGAAAUUAUAAGAAUCUCCGCACAACUUACCACAGACGGGCGCUCACCCAUAUAGCGGCCAGGACGUCCUAUGGAUGAGUCCAAAAAUGAUGUUCAAAUACAUAAAAGAAGUGAAGUUCGUUUCUGUAGUGUCUCAAGUCGGAUGGUUUGCUUGCCAUUGGGAACCAUUGUGUAUAGUUUCUUUGCUUCUCAUGUUGUGUCGUUUUUCUUCUCAACUCUUACCCUUGUGCCCGUUUAGACUCAAAAAGUACAUAAACCUGAGUAUGGCUUAGGAGUUUGGGAAACCUAGGAAAGUAGGGGAAAGAAAAGGAACUUAUCAGUUAUCAUACAUGUGACACAUUUGAAAGGUAGUAUUACUUGUAAUAAGAAACAGAUGUAUAGAAAAAUGUACCAUGUUCUUCAAAUAAAGAUUUGAUAACUGUUUGAAUUGUUGUUCA